AUGCUUCUUCUACCUCUCUUGCUGCUAGCCACCUCGUGGCAGGUGGUCAUUGCAGAUUCCGAUUCUUGUUCAAGUAGUGUGACUAUUUCCAGUCAAAGUGACGCGGAUACAUAUGCCAACUGUGACCAGAUCGACGGCAGCGUCACCAUCUCCUCGUCAGCCAGCGGCUCCAUUGUCCUGAACAAUGUCAGUGAAAUCAAGGGAGCCUUCACAGCAGAAGGAGCUUCGGGUCUCACUACCCUAGCCGCACCGGAUCUCGAGACGAUCGACGGAGCUUUGACUGUGGAUAGCAUGAACUCGCUGAGCAAUCUCUCAAUCAAUUCCCUAUCCGAAGUAUCCUCCGGAAUCACGAUCACGGGAAAUGCAAAACUCAAGCAUCUGGAAAUCGAGAAUUUGGAGGAGGUCGAUGGUCAACUCAAAUUGACAGGGUCGUUCAGCUCCGUGUCGCUGCCAUCACUUGAUCAGGUGAAAGGCCAAACAACUAUCCACGGCGGCAGCUCCAUGUCCUGCAUUGCAUUGAACAAUUUACAAUCCGAAGACGUGUAUAAGGGCGGGUACUCCUGCUCGACCAACAGCGGAUCUUCCCUGAGCGCAGGUUCCAAAGCCGGAAUUGCGGUCGGCGUCAUUAUCGGGGUUCUGAUUAUCUUGUUCCUGAUGUGGUGGGUCUAUCGGCAACGUCGAGCACGUCGACAACGCCGACGGACUUCCAAAACUGUAGCCUUGAUACCUCCGCCAGUAAUAAAGGACGAGAAGCAAUCUCCCCCACAAUAUCAACCUGUACCAUCGAGCGACUUGUCACCUAAAGUCCCACGAAAGCCUGUGGGACCGGCACCAGCAUUGUUGGACGGUCAUUCGAUCUACGAAGCAGCGUAUCCUGCGAGUCCGAUUCCGGUGUACCAUGAGUUGGAAGCAGGACCAGUCUUCAGUACACAUCAACGGCCCAUUCACUCGGAAUGCUAA